GCGCGGUGCAGGGAACAGCUCUGAUUGGCUCAUGGAGACAUGUGAUCAGACAGUGGUUUAUGGAGCGCUAGAUUGGCUUUGCAAAAGCUGUUCUAUGAAGAUAAAGACGCAUUUUAAAUAUCGCUCGAUCACGCAAAUUUGAUCGUGGGAAGCCAAAAUCGUGAUCGUGAUUAAAAUUUGAUUAAUUGUGCAGCCCUAUUAUGUACCACUCAUUACUCCGCUACUUAGUUAAAUGAAUACAUUCAGAAUACAUAAUCGAAACAAUUGUAUUUUUCCUCACAAUAUGUCCGUUCUGCGAUGCUUUGCCAGACCCUCCUCCACAACGCUGUGGAGGAGGGUGUGGUUAGUCCACACAGCAUUCCGGGAUGGGAGACAAACGUGCUCUGGUUUAUUGGCAUUUCUAUAAACCAAUCAAAAUCAUCGGAGCCCCGUUGCCGCUGGAAAAUAGCCUUGAGAAGGAACUUUUUUUUGGUGGAACGUGUAUGUUCAAAAGUUGUUUUUAGUUGUGCAACAGAAAACUCAGAUUGGACAGACAGUCUAGCUAGCUGUCUGGAUUUACCCUAUAGACAUCUGAGGAGCAGUUAACCAUAGUCCUCAUAAAUCCACUGGAGUUUAGAACGCCAUCACAAAGGAAGCGUUAGGUAACAGAAAUCCAGACGAAAAAAAGGACAUAGGGUGGAAUUUCCAGUGGCAACGGGGCAAUCCCACCAGUGGAAGGUUUUGGAUAUAGACAACCCAACUUGUCUGACAAGUACUCAGGGUCUUGACACUAAAAAACAAACAAAAGUAAAUUGUCAUUUUUUCCCUGACUUUUGUGUCUUGUUAAGUGAAAGGUAAAGUUAAUGUCAAGCCCUGGUUAAUGCUGGCUAAAAGUGAGCAGCUGAUACCUGAAUGUUUUGUACACUGCUCUUUGCUAAAGAUACAUUAGCAGAGCUUAGGGAAUCUGUAUUUUGUAGGGAUGUAACGCUACACAAAAAUCACGGUUCGGUAUGUACCUCGUUUUGAAGUCACGGUUUGGUUCAUUUUGGGUACAGUAAGGGAAAAAAAAUGCAAAACUCCCAACAAGUAAAGAAAAGGAUCAAAAACAUGUGCUUGUUGUUUAUUAUGAACUUUUGUAAAUCAGUUUACAAUUUUCCCAAAUACAAAUACCCGAUCACUAAUGAGCAAUGUCAGCACACUACUUUCGUCUUAUUCACUUGUUUUUGUUUGUUGUUGUAUUUCACCCGGAAACCGAAGUGUUCCCAAACAGUAGACCUUAAUGAUAACCGAGGGUCUCUACAUUGUCCAUGACGCUAGCUAGCGAGAGGCUUGGAGAAUCUUACUGGGUGCAAAGUGUGUGUAAAGCGCUCAAAGUGCAUGGCGGACUAAACCGACCUCUGGUCCGCCACUUAAUAUGUUUGUGUGGGAACUCGGAAUUGAAGUAUGUUCCUCACGCAAAACAUGCCUAAUAAUAAUUUCUGUUAAAGAUUGCAUUCGGUCUAAUUUUCACUGGCAUAUUAAGUGAAAUGUAAACACUGUAUGGGCCUUGGUAUGGUGAAGGAGAGAUGUGCCGCGAGACUAGUUGGUUGAGGUUUUGAUAAAACACAGUGGACAAUAUAAGUGUAGAAAUAUUAUUAUUAUUAUUAUUAUUAUUAUUAUUAUUAUUAUUAUCAACUUAAAGCUGACAAUGUGUACUAACCUUUUUUUCAAGGGCUUCAUUCUACUAAGCACCAAUCUGCCUGUGUGCAUUGACAAUGUUCAAUUCAAGUUGAAAUAGCACUGACAUGUAUGUGGAACCUGUAUAUUGUUUUGUAUGGUCGAACAGCGUUUUUUUUCUAACAGAGGUACAGAUGAACAUUCCCAUUCCGAAAUGUGACAGGAUGCUGAACCAUCACUGCAGAAGGAACCCUGAGCUUCAUGAGGAGCUGCAGAUCCAGGCUGCAGUGGCAGCUGGGGAUGUCUGCACCGUCAGGAGAAUGCUGGAGCAAGGAUACUCCCCUAAGAUCCGCGAUGCUAACGGCUGGACACUGCUCCACUUCUCCGCCGCCAAAGGAAAAGAGAGAUGUGUUCGAGUCUUUCUUGAGCAUGGAGCUGACCCCACAGUGAAGGACUUUAUCGGUGGCUUCACAGCACUUCACUAUGCCGCUAUGCAUGGCAGAGCGCGCAUCGCCCGACUCAUGCUGGAAUCGGAGUUUCGCAGUGACAUUAUAAACGCAAAAAGCAACGAUGGCUGGACGCCACUGCACGUGGCCGCCCACUACGGCCGCGACUCGUUUGUACGCCUCCUCCUCGAGUUCAGGGCCGAGGUGGACCCGUUGAGUGACAAAGGGACCACACCACUACAGUUGGCCAUCAUCCGUGAGCGCUCCAGCUGUGUACGGAUCCUACUGGACCACAGUGCCAACAUUGACAUUCAAAACGGCUUCCUGUUGCGAUACGCCGUCAUCAAAGGCAAUCACUCGUACUGUCGCAUGUUCCUGCAGAGGGGAGCGGACACUAAUCUCGGACGUCUUGAAGAUGGCCAGACCCCCUUGCACCUGUCUGCCCUCAGGGACGAUGUGCUGUGCGCCGAGAUGCUCUACACAUACGGGGCUGAUACCAACACCAGGAACUACGAGGGCCAGACACCGGUAGCUGUAUCUGUUAGCAUGUCUGAGAUCAGCCGGCCUUGUCUGGACUUCCUACAGGAAAUCACCAGACAACCUCGGACUCUACAAGACUUGUGUCGAAUAAAAAUCCGUCACUGCAUUGGCCUUCAAAGUUUGAAAUUGUUGGAGGAUCUACCGAUUGCAAAGGUUAUGAAAGAUUAUUUAAAACACAAGUUUGACAAUGUUUGAAGGCAACAACAAUAGAAAAGGAGAGGGUGACUAAAACUCUCUGCUAUCAUUUAUAAAGACUAUGCAAUCACUAUGCUCUUCGCUGGAAGGAAUGUCCACAGGUCUGUUGUGUACAUACUGAAGGAAGGAAAGUUAGUCCAGUUUGGUCAUCCAGAGAUUUCUGCCCGCUUUCCAUUUCAGCCUUUUUACAGUUCAAACAGUGGCUGAAGAAUGGAAAUGGACCCACCUUGUAAGCUAAGGUAAUGGGUUAUUUUGGAAAAAAGAAAACCUCAUUUGACAGAUAGCAUUGUUACUACAGUUAGCAUUAUAAACAUUUAUGUUGUCACUGUAAACAUGUGCAUGAUGUUAUCCUCGCUGUGUCUGAUUGUCAUCAAGUGCAUACUUGCCAAUGAGUCUUUUUAUACUAUUAUAGGCUAAACUCAAAUUGCAGCAGUGAUGAUGAUUUUCUUUCUGUCUCAAAAUUGGCAAAGUGUUGAGCUACUUGACAAAUGACAAGGUACACUCUCUGAUUUUGUUUCAUCACCCAAUAGUGACUCUACUUCCCAUAAUAGCCUGGUUCCAAACCUCUGAUUCACUACCAACAUCUCCAAUUGUUCAGCCUUUUUAAGCAAAUAGCACUCGUGUUGUGCCCCUUUUCGGGGUGGGGGGGGAUCAACUUUUUCUCCAGUGCGUAAAUGGGGCGUGCUUCAGUGAACCUAAGUCUUACAAUCCUUACAGUACAUCUUGCUUGUUUAAUGUAAUGAUACUGUGAUGCUGUGUGCAGGUUAAACUAAUUAAUCUGUACACAUUUUAACAAUUGAGUUCUCAAAUUACCUGACGGAUAAAUCAAAUCCAUUAUGGGGCAUGUACCACACAACAACCUUUGUAGUCAGGGGUCACCAACAAUGUAUUCUAGAGCAAAACUGCCAGCAAGUCAGAAACAAACACACACACACACACACACACACACACACACACACACACACACACACACACACACACACACACACACACACACAAUGCUGUACCAAAACCAAAGACAUGCCAGGUAGGCAGAUGUGUCGUUAUGCAGCAUCUAGGCCCCUUCCUGACUAACAUUAAACCACCCAAUAAUAUAAUUUUUUUAUGAAAAUUGUCUAAUAGAAAAAUAAAUCAACAUUCCACAUCAUCUCAUUCAACAUUGUGACGAUGGCCAGCUUUUACCAAGGACGUUACAAAUUGAGUAGGGUCAAAGACUGUAACGUAACUUGUAACCUGGAGACUUUGACAAUUAGCAAGCAUGCCUAUUAACGCGUUUGGGACAUUUGUUAAUUUGUCAGCCCCUUGCUGUCAACACGGGUACCCCUACAAAAUUCGGAACCGAUUCAAAUCCGCAUUAAUAUCCGGCAAGGACCAUGUACGACAGACAUCGUUCUGCUCCGAGUCUCUGUGCUCGAGCUACGAUUUUUCAAAGUUCCGGAAUAGGAAUGGUCAGGGAAAAUCUUUUUUUAAACUUGUCAAAGCUCUGAUUUUGUAAUAUGUUGUUGCCACCCCCAAAUGGGGUGUUUCCAUCUUUGUUCGGACCCUCUAGCACCAUUGCUGGCAGCAUAAAACUCCCCACAGGGUCACAGUGACAAAUGGGAACACUGCUUAUGCCAAAUGUCAAACUUUUAGGCUCAGUUCCUUAUAUUCUGAAAUUUGGCAUACUUUUGAAUUGAGUGGUCAGUGUUCCUGUUUGGACAGCCUGCCGUGCCAAAAAUGCGACAGAAUGUCACAGUGACCAACGGUCACAUUUUUAACAUGGACUUUCAAAAAAUAGUCCAUGUAGUCAUGUGUCCAAUAUUGUUUCUGUAAAUUAUGAACGUUAGUUCAAGUAAAUAUGCAGAGACCACUGUUAUUAAAACUGUAAAUGUAUUCACAGAACCACAAAGCAAACCUUUUGAAAACCAUACUAAAAGGGCACUCCCCAUC